UCGUCAACAAUCAGGUUGAAAAUAAAAAAUAAAAAAGAGUCUCCGGCGAAGAAAUUCCCAAUUUACCAAGUCGGCGUCGACCCUAAAUUAGCUUCUACUUUGUAUUCAAUCUUUCAGUUGAUGGACAAACCAAAAUCCCCUGAAAUCGUCUUCUCCGGCGUAAAGAAUUCUCUGCCGAAGCUUAACACGAAUCCUAAUUCAGGAACUAAAAUUCACAGCCCUUUUUUUCAAACAUCUGCUCUUAAGAAGAGAAAGCCUCCCAGCUUGAUGAGCUUGUGUCUUGGAAUUAUUGGUGGACAUUUUGAGGAUAUCAUCGAAGACCUCACCGAGAUAGCUGCUAAUUUUUCGUCCACCAUGAAGAUGGCACUUGUGGCAAUUGCAAGAAGAAGAAGGUUAUUGAAUGACGAUGUCAUUGUUGCAUUGGCUGAUAGCUCCUGGCAAAUCCUGGACUUAUCUGGUUCAGAGGUCUCUGAUUUUGGCCUAUCACAAGUGGUUAAAACAUGCAAAUAUCUGCAAGCAGUUGAUAUAAGUCGCUGCAGCAAGCUCACAUCAGUCAGUGUAUCAGAACUCUUGCAGAACUGCCGGUCUCUUGAAAUACUGAGAUGGGGAGGCUGCCCUCGGAGUGAGAACACAGCUCGUAGAUGCUUCACUUUGUUGAAGCCAACACUAGAGCAUGUGGAAGGAGAUUCUUGGGAGGAACUUGAUACCUUGGAAAUAGCUCGUGGUGCGACAUCCUUGCGUUGGCUUUUAUGGCCAAAAGUUGAAAAGGACCAGCUGGAGAUUUUGUCUGAAGAAUGCCCACGAAUCAUAGUAAAUCCAAAGCCGUCGCCACUAGGUUACAGGGGGCUUGAUGUACCUAGAGAAGCAAGACUGGAUGUAUCAUUAGAUGAUCCCAUUGUUGAAGAUAUUGACCCCAAAACCUGGGCAGUUUCUGGAUUUGUACCUAAAACAUCACCAUCAUCAGUUUCAAGCACAGCAGAUUUGCCUGUGGCAGAAAAGUUUAGACUUGCAUUUCUUGAGAGAGAUACAAGACUAGCUCCAAAGCGAGCAAAGAAUGCAAGACAACACCAACGACGUGCAGAAAAGGAAUGGGUAAUGAUGAAUAGCAGCGCAAAAGCACUAGCACUUGCCUCACUGGCGAGCAAAUCCUUGAACAUUCGGAACUGAAAAUAGAUGUGUACUUCUAUAAAUCUGUAUUUUAUCUCCAUCAGCCAAUAGAAAGACCUGUUUGGCAGCACAAAUUGACAAGGAAGCAAACUGUAAGCAAGCCUCAAGUAGUCAUACUUAAUCUAUUCUGGGUAACUGGGAAAAGCUUCUCUUUGCAAGGACAGUCGAGAGGAAGAAAAUGUUUCAUUGGCUUCCUACAAAAUAUUUGGUUUCUUUCAGGCAAUGGUAGAGUUUAUUUGGAGCAUCACACUGCUGAGAGGAAGACCGCUCUCAAGCAUGCCUUCCUCUUUCAUCUGGUUAUUCCUUCGUUGUGGUGUGUAUAUUUAUUGUGUUUCAAGUAUUCUUGCGUGAAUGUACAAUAGGAUUUUGCUGCUGAAGAUGCAUUUAGUGAGGUUGCUCCCUUUUCUUUU